AUGUCGAACGUUCAGACCAUCACUCAUCCUGCUCAACCGGACAUUCAAUAUCAUCCCGACUUUCUCAAGUAUCAAGACCGUACUCGUCGUCGGAAAGAGACCGAGUCGCUUCACACCACGUUGCCGGCAGGGUUUCCCGCACAGUUGAUUUCCCCGCUCGUUUGGGAGGGGAAGGAAGUUGAGAACCGGAGCGAUUGGAUUUACAUGUUGAAUGAUUCUCAGCUUGACGAAAUUGAUACUGCUUUAAAGAGCUUCAAAGCCCUGAAUCAACCCUUGGGAUACAUCGACCAGUCGACGUUUCCUUUGCCUACCCUACAUGCAACUCUCAGAAAUCUUUCAAAGGAUACCCACAGCGGUCGAGGAUUCUUCGUUCUUCGCGGUCUUCGCGUCGACGACUACUCUCGAGAAGACAAUAUUAUCAUCUACGCCGGUGUCUCAGCCCACAUCGGCAGUAUCCGCGGCCGUCAACAGGAUACACGACUUCAAAAUGGAAAAUCUCCUGUAAUUUCACAUAUCAAAGACAUCUCUAGUACGGUUGACAGAGCCCAGAUCGGCGCACCUUCCAACACCGCCGAUAAACAGGUCUUUCACACUGACGCUGGGGAUAUUGUCUCUCUACUCUGCCUGAGCCCUGCUGCAGAAGGUGGACAAAGCUAUCUUUCCAGCAGUUGGAACGUGUACAACGUUCUCGCGAAGGAGCGACCCGACUUGAUACACACCCUUUCGCAGGACUGGCCAGUCGACGGCAAGCCAUAUACCCUUCGUCCACUUCUCUAUCACCAACCACCUACCGCGACUACUCUCGAGCGCGUACUGAUCCAAUAUGCCAGGCGCUAUUUCACAGGGUUCCUAGCUCAACCGAGAUCUACCGACAUUCCUCCAAUCACCGAGGCCCAGGCCGAAGCGCUCGACGCACUGCACUUCCUUGCAGAGAAGCACAGUGCCUCGUUGGACUUCCAGAAGGGUGAUGUUCAAUACGUAAAUAACCUCAGUAUCUUCCAUGCUCGAAAUGGAUUCAGAGAUGAGCCCGGGAAAGAACGUCAUCUGUUGCGCCUCUGGCUACGAGACCCGGAAAAUGCUUGGGAGACGCCUAGUCCGCUUCAGCAUCGCUGGGAUACUGUCUUCAAGGAUGUAACUGAAAACGAACAGAUCUUUCCUCUGGAGCCAGCCUUGAGAAAGAACGUGGGGUCUUAA